AUGCUGGAUUGGUAUAGUUAUCCGGCAUCCAGAGGCAUCCUCUACGAGCCGCUGGAACGAAGGGCAUCUCGCAUCACGCCGACGGCCGAUCAACGCACGCUCAUCAUCGUAGCUUGCGUCUACGCAGUAGUGAUAGCCAUCAUCUGGCAUGUGCCAUACAUCAAGCUCGUCAUUUAUCCCUUCAAGCUCUUGACUGUGGCAUUUCACGAGUUCGGACAUGCUGCCGUCGGGCUGUGUACGGGCGCCAAGAUUGAGAGCAUAGAGCUGGAUCCGAACGAGGGUGGAGCUACGAGGAUGAGAGGAGGUGUGCCUUGGCUCACCCUUCCUGCUGGAUAUCUGGGCAGCUCUUUCGUCGGAGCGGCACUCAUCGCUUGCGCGUUCGACAUUAGAGCUAGCAAAGUCGUCACCUUUGGUGAGUGGUCGCAAGAGGGAAAUCGGAAGGCUCUGGAGCAUGCGCUCAUCACGAUGCAUCCACCCGCCGUCCUGCUAGUCCUGGCGGCCUUCUUUUUGCUGACCUUGUGGUGGGCGAGGAGAGAUUGGUUGUGAGUGCGAAGCGCUUUGGUGGCUCUCGCGACAGCCGCAUGCGUAGGAUAAUGGCAGGUAUGGCUCUGGAGGGGCCACAUCUGGAAGCGCUGACGAUGAAUGCUGUUCAUGUCGCCACUGAUUUGCUCCUGCUAAGAACAUGGGUGCUCUUGAUUGUGAGUUACUGCAUGUUGCAUUGCACAUAUGCAUCUGGAUGUCGCUCAUGCCUUUCGCCUAUUUCUUUUGCUUCGCAGUGCAUGGCUGGUCGUGAGUGUCAAAUGUGACACACCUCGGCUUCACGCUGCUGUUGCUCGAGUACCUUACUAUCCACGCUCUGUGCCUGCAGUCAUCGUAGGAUUCUGGUUCAUCGCGAACGGAGUGGCUUUGCAGUUUUUGGUCCUCUUCAUCGUGAGUCUGCGGUCAAGACAGAGCUCACUUCUUGCUCGGCGACUGAUGGACACCGCAUGUAUACCUUUGCUGCAGGGCGUCAUGUCAUGGUGAGUGUAGGACUGCACAUCGACAAGCUGGCACGACCUGACCAAUCGCUCUUGGCCCCACCCCGAAAUUUGCCCCUUGAUAGUCUGUGAGCGCAGAUGCUUGUGAGCUACUCCGGUUAUGAAACUCCUGGCUGACGCCCAUUUCCGAUCCUGCGACAAUCAGGUACUCACUGUGGGAUAUCUGCGACGACCUCAUUUUCCGCAAGGUCAACGAAUCGGAUGCAACUGCUUUCGCAAAAGUGGUCGGAUGCUUCCCUCCGCAGCUGUGGGGAGUCUUGUGGCUUAUCAUUUCCUUGGUGUUUUUCGCUGCGGGCAUUAUGUGAGUCAAAAAUCCUGUCCGGACCAGUGGCGAGUCGUCGUCGUCCCUUGCACUUGAAGCUGAUGAGAUUGAGCUUUCCACGUUUUCAUCGCAGCAUCGGCAUCGUUGCAUUCAAGGAUCCGCUGUCCGAACAGAGAGCCGACGACUUCUUGAACACUCGAUAG